AUGCCCGCUAGCCGCAGCGACGAGGAGCAGACGCGCACCUCCCCCAACCCCAGCGACUCGGAACCUCACCAGGACGGCUCUUCACACGAGCAAGAUGGAGCCGCUACGGACAGCGACAACCGCACGAGGAGUGCGUCGCCAACCAAGGGCAGCGCUGCCGUGAGCGAUGUAGACGCGGCUGCGGCAUCAGCCAGCGACCCACCCUUGCCCGACGAAGAGGCGCCCCCGCUUCCUGAUGAAGCACCGCCGCAGGAUGACGGCUGGGCCUACGACUGGGACAACAAUGCGGGUGCCUACUUCUUCUACAACCGCCUCACUGGAAAGUCUCAGUGGGAGAACCCUCGCCUCCCGGAGACCUCUGCAACCAGCUACGGAUCGUACGACAGCUCUGGCGCCCCCGGUACUUCGUCUCCGCCUAAGCGCAAGCUUGGUGGAUACAACCCGGCGAUACAUGGCGACUAUGAUCCGAACGCAGACUAUGCCCUGGAGGCGCGGAAGCAAGAGGAGGAAGAGGAAGCUGCUGCUGCAUCUGUCGUCGCCGCCGCUGCAGGUCUCCCAGCUCCUCAUCCAGACUACACCACCACCGCCAACUUCAACCGCUUCACCGGUCGCUUCCAGCAGGCGGGAAUGAACCCGGACUACCAUAACGAUGAGAACAAAAGCAAGCGGCAGAUGACCGCAUUCUUCGACGUUGAUGCAGCCGCCAACAGCCAUGAUGGACGCAGCCUGAAGGCGGAGCGACGGGGCAAAACUCUCAGCAAGAAGGAGCUAAAGGCCUUCAAAGAAAAGCGGCGGGAGAAGAAGGAGGAGAAGCGCCGUGCUUGGCUGAGAGACUAG